UUUAAGUUCAGCAUAAAUAAUUUAAGUUCAGUAAAAAUAAUUUUAGUUCAGCAAAAAUAAGGUGAAAUGAACGGGGCCUAAGGUUGCACUUUUGCAAUCAAACCGUCUACUCAAUUUAGUAAAACAACCAACAACUAACAGACAUUUAAUUGCGUUUACACUCUCUUUCUCCCCCUCUAAUCUCAAUUCUAAUUCUUUCAAAUAAAAAAAAAAAAAAUCUCAAUUCUAAUUCCCCAAACAAAAAUAGAGAACACUAACUCUUUCUUUCCUUCCUUGAGUUAGUGCCAUUUCUCUAACUCUAUUUUCUCUAACUUUUCCAUAAAACUCCCACCACAUCAGAUAAAUAAAAAUAAGGUAAACCAAACAAGUCUUAACAACCAAUUAAUCGCACUUACACAUCCGUUCUCUCUCCCCCCUCUCUAAUCUCAAUUCUAAUUCCCCUAACAAACAUAGAAAACACAAACUCUUUCUUUCCUUCCUUGAGUUACCGCCAUCUGUCUGACUCUCUCUACUUUGACUUUCCCAUGAAACUCCCACCACCUCUUCUCUCUCUCCUCCUCCUCUCCUCCCUCCUCCUCCUUCCACCACCGCCUUCCACCACCGCAACUACCACCACCUUCUCCGGCGAAACCUCAUACUUCUCCUUCCUAAUCUCAACCAAAGGUUUAAACUUUCUCAAAGACUUGCUAAUUUCCAAAGCAAUCACCGGUUUAACCCCUCUUCAAAUCCCCCAAAUUGAUCAAUCCAUCCAAAUCCCUUUUCUUGGGAAUGUCUUUGUUCGAUUAUCCAACAUCUCUCUUCACCAAAUCAGGGUUUCUGAUUCCUACAUUACCCCCGGAGACUCCGGUGUUGCCUUUAUUGUUUCCGGGGCUACAGCUAAUAUGAGUUUGGAUUGGUAUUAUUCUUAUUCUUCUGGUUGGUUUUUUCCUUUGCACUUUUCUGAUCACGGGUUUGCUUCUAUUCAGGUAGAAGGGAUGCAAGUAGGCCUCACCUUGUAUUUAGAAAUCCAAGAAGGAAGGCUGAAACUGUCACCUGUUGAAUGUGGUUGCUUUGUUGAAGAUCUCUCUAUCAAAUUGGAUGGAGGUGCAUCUUGGCUUUAUCAAGGGCUUGUAGAUGUUUUUGCUGGACAAAUUGAAGCAGCAGUGGAGGAAGCUAUUACCAAGAAUCUUAAAGAAGCAAUUUUAAAGCUCGCUUUGUCUCUUGAAAGCUUACCAAAGCAGAUACCAGUUGAUGAUGUUGCGUGCUUGAAUGUCACUUUUGUAAAUGAUUUAGUCCUGAGUAAUUCUUCAAUUGGAUUUGAUAUCAAUGGUUUAUUCACUCGAAGAGAUCAAGCAUUGGAAAACAAAUUCUACAAGGACCAUUUAUUUCAUAAAGAAGGUUCCUCCACUCCAACAGAUCAAAAGUGGAAAUUGAAUCUCUAUGAGGAGCAUGUGCAAGCUUUAUCUUGUCAGGAUUCAUCAAGAAUGGUAGGAAUAUCAAUUGAUGAAGCCGUCUUUCACUCAGCUUCCAACUUGUACUUUGAGGCAGGUUAUUUGCAAUGGAUUGUGGAUAAGAUACCAAAUCAGGCUCUCCUGAACACUGCUGGUUGGAGGUUUAUUAUUCCUCAGCUUUAUAAGAAGUACCCAAAAGAUGAUAUGAAUUUGAAUGUCUCUUUCGCUUCUCCUCCAGUUGUAAGGAUUUCCCCCAAAAACAUUGACAUUAUAGCCAAUGUGGACUUGAUAAUUGACGUCUUAGAAGGUGGGCAAGUAAUACCUGUUGCAUGCAUUUUACUGGAAAUUCAUGCUUCUGGCUUUGUAAGAAUAAGAGGUAAUGAUCUUGGGGGCAAGGUAAAAGUGGAUGAUUUCAAAAUGGCAUUAAAGUGGAGUAAGAUUGGUAAUCUGAAGAUGUUUUUGAUACAGCCUGUUAUACGGACAGUGGUUGAAACAGUUUUCGUACCAUAUGCCAAUGCACGUCUUUGGAAAGGGUUUACAUUGCCCAUGUUUCAUGGUUUUACCCUUGAAAAUGCCAUAACAAAUUACCUAGACUCCAGUCUCAUUGUUUGCAGCGAUGUAGCAUAUUCGGAGUCGGAUGAUCAUGUCAGGCUUUGAUACAGAUAUCAUAGGAUUUUAUGUCAAUUCAGAGUCAGAGGAAUUGCUAUUUGCUGCAGUGUAUGGGGGUUACGGGGAAAGCUGCAUACAUUUAGAUCCUGUAUACAACCAUCUGGGAGCCUUGCAGACUAUGUAACCUAACGUUUGUGUAUGAAAACAGAGGCAGCUUUGCUCCUUGUACUUCAUAUACGAAGUAACAUACUGUAUAUAUGGGUAUGAUUAUAUGAUCAAGCUCCGCGAGUGUAAUUUCUGUGUGUUAUAUGUAAAUUAUGCAUAAGCUUUGUUCUCAUAAAAAAUUAGCAUGUUACAGUUCUCAGUUCUUCACUAGAAGUACCAUUAUCAAAUUGUAAAUACACUAAAUGCUAUGGAGUAUCAUUUGAAAUUUUUUGGGGUAAAUAUAUAGAUACUUUAAUUUGGCAA